UUGAUCAUUUGUCCAACACUUGCAGCUGCCACAAGAAGGGUAACAUUUGUAUAUAGUACAGUCUAUGUUGUAUCAUAGACUCUAAAAAUGGUAUAGUAUAUAUAGUGCUGACAACUACACAUUUAUCAGGUUUUUUGUUUGCUUACUAGCGUUACAUUUCGUGGCAUUUGUUGUCAUAUUCGGGGAAGUUGUUUCACUCAGCUCAAUGGGAAGCACAAGACUGAUGUAUUGAUUUGGUUACAGCAUCUUUCUCAUUAUCGAUGGCAUCACAAGAAAAAAUCAAACUUGUUCUGCUGGCAUGUGGCUCCUUCAACCCCAUCACAAACAUGCAUCUGCGUAUGUUCGAACUGGCUCGCGAUCACCUCGAGGACACUGGAAGAUACAAAGUGGUGAAAGGCAUAAUCUCCCCAGUUGGAGAUGGCUAUAAAAAGAAAGGCCUGGUUGAAGCCUGUCAUCGCUUGGAGAUGGCUAGACUGGCCACGGAGAGCUCUGAAUGGAUCACGGUGGAUGACUGGGAGAGUCAGCAGCCCGAGUGGGUGGAGACAGCCAAAGUUGUUCGGCAUCAUCAUGCAGAAGUUCUUUCCAGCGAGAAUAACAGCAACGGUGAUGAUGUGGAUACUGGGAAGUAUAGGAAGAGGAGAAAGAUGGAGAAAAAGAGCCCUUCUUGUAUGAAUCCAAAAGCAGACCGCCCUCAUCUGAAUCUGCUGUGCGGUGCUGAUGUACUGGAGUCGUUCGGCGUCCCGAACCUCUGGAAGCCUGAAGACAUUGAGGAGAUCGUGGGCCGCUACGGUGUGACCUGCAUCACCAGAUGUGGCAGCGAUGCAGAGAAGUUCAUCAACCAGUCGGACGUCCUGUACAAACACCGGAAGAACAUCAGUGUGGUUCGAGAAUGGGUGACCAAUGAGAUCUCGGCCACACACGUGCGUCGAGCCCUACGCAGGGGUCAAAGUGUGCGCUACCUGCUGCCUGACUCGGUGGUCCGCUACAUUCAGGAUCACAGUCUGUACAGUGCUGAGAGCGAACAGAAGAACGCAGGUGUCAUCCUCGCUCCUCUGCAGAGAUACAGCAAGACUGAGUAGAGCUGCUUCGGGAACUUUGACGGAAGAAUGUUACACAGAAAACUUGACUAGUCCAGUUCACUUCCUUGAACUGUUUUUGUCGUAAUGAGUGAAUAAUACAUGAUAUGUGCUGUGAAAUAGUUUUGGAAUUUCAAUGUGUUAAGGUUUUUUACUAAUAAAGAGAUUGAUACAUUCAUAAAUAUAGUUUCAUCAUAGUUCAUUCAUUUUUCUUUUCGGCUUAGUCCCUUUAUUAAUCAGGGGUCGCCACAGUGGAAUAAACCGCCAACUUAUCCAGCAUAUGUUUUACGCUGCGGAUGCCCUUCCAGCUGCAACCCAUCACUGGGAAACACCCAUACACUCAUUCACACACAUACACUAAGGACUUUAUUAUACUCAAUUCACCUGUAGCGCAUGUCUUUGGACUUAUAGGGAAAACCAGAGCACCCGGAGGAAACCCACACGAACACGGGGAGAACAUGCAAACUCCACACAGAAAUGCCAACUGACCCUAAUUAACUAAAUUGGCCGUAGUGUGUGUGUGUGUGUGUGUGUGUGAAUGUAAGAGUGUAUAGGUGUUUU